AUGACGCCCCCAGAUAUUACAAAUAGACAACAUCGAGAUAAAGGACAUCCAACCCCAGGAGAAAGCACGGAUGCCGAACAAGAGACUGCUCUGAAGCCACUAUACCCAAUCCUCAUCAACGGGAACCCUCUUGAUCCUUCAAUUAAGCCGAAGGAGGACGCAUCGGGGACCAAUUACGUACUAAUCCAAACCCAUGAGAAAAAGCUUGGGGCGUCAAAGAGACGGGACCUAGCCGAUGCCAAUCUUGUGCCCCUCAAGUACGUCCCGAUAAACACACGUCUUUGCAGCUACACAUACGUCAGCUUGGCCAAGAUUCGUCAACUGGCCCCGGUCCUCUAUGCGGAUAUAUACCGCAAGGAGCUCAAAGUCUCACCUAUCCUCAAAGGUUUAGAGGAGGAAGUCGAAGUGGAUGUCAUAUUCCACAAUGAUGUAAACUUGGGCUCGGAAGACCUUCAGACUCGAGUUGCAAAGGAAUCAGGGCUUAGCCUGCAAGACAUUACGUUCAGUGGACAAAAAGCACGAAUCACUGUACAGGGUGCUCGCAUUGACCUAAUUGCGGGAAUUGAUGAAGUAUUCUGUAUACAAGCAGGAAACACGAUAGAGCACUGA